GUCAGUCUCGACCAGCUCUGGAUAUCCGACGAGCGCAACCGGCUGCUUGCCACCGUGUCGGUCCGCAACCUGGCCUACGACAAGUACGUCUGCUGCCGGUACACGCACGACGGCUGGAAGACGACGCACGAGGUGGCGGGCGCCUACCUGGGCAGCGCGACGCCUGAUCGGGACACAUUCGCCCUCACAAUCCAUCUCCCCAGCAUCGCGCGGCUAGCAGAGGGCAAGACUUUCCAGCUGUGCUUCCACUACGUCGUGGCCGGCGACGAGUUUUGGGAUAACAACGGCGGCGCGAAUUACAUUGUCUGGCUCCAUCGCAGC